AUGGCGGCUAGCUGGUCGGAUUUAUCAACUGAGCUCAAACAAAAUGUGAUUGAAAGAUUGGAUUUGAUGAGCAGACACUCCCUGAGAUCCACCUGCCGUUUGAAUCGUUUCGUUGUGGACUUCACAGAGUUUUUCGUGCCACGUGUCAGAGUUUCAGCCAAGGAUUCUGGAUUUUUGAUUGUGAUUCAUACGGGGAUAAAUGAGUUUUUGAGAAUUGAGAUGUGGAUGGGACCGCAGGGAAAGACUAUUAUUAGGAAACUCCAGAACAACUACAAUGUCAAAGAUGCCAUCGAAAAAGUGUUUCCAUCGACUCCUCGUUACCAUGCUGCUCAAAUUCUAUGUGGUCUUCUGUCUCGCGAGAAAACUCUAAUUGGAGUGAUGGAAUGGGAGUUUGAAGGAGGGAUUGAUGUGGAGAAGAAGGAAGACGCACAAGCCAGCAUCCAAACCACCGGUGCUAAAAUUAUCGUUUUGGUGAACUUCCUCCAAAAAUUCUCUGGAAAAUCUCAAAUUUUCCGUGCCAACAAGUUAAUGACCAGCUGGAAUGUGGAUAUAGACAUGGAAAAAUGGCUCAAAAAGAUUUUUGUCGAAGAAGACCUCAGGAAGAUUGAGAGAGUUGGAGUGAUGACUUCGACGACUUCAUUGACUCCAGCGGUUUCUAUCGAUUCUUAUGUACCUUUAAGCUGGGCCGGGAUUCAUUGUGGUGCCAAUACAAUCAUGCAUGAAUACGAUCCGAUCCAUUGGUAUUUCUUUGUGCGACUCGCUCUGGAGACACAAGGGUUCGCAGUUCUUCGUUUUGCCAAAUUCAAUGACACUGCUAAAGAACUAUGGAAUUCUGUAAAGGAACCAAUUGAGAAAAUCUCUGACAAAAAAUACCGGAAAGUUUGCGUCGCGGGGUCUUCCAAUGGGAGAGUCCAUAUGAUCCAUGAGAGAUCUCCUUGUGGCUACUGGGUUUAUGGGAUGAUGGAAGAGAAUGUGGCGGUCUUCAACGACUAUCUUCGUCUGGCAGGUUUCACCUCUUGUGAUCUCGGCUGGCUAUGCAAGAAAUGCACGGAUCCCUUUGAGUACAACUACUACCAAAAUCUGGGACGUCGAGUUUUCCUGGAGCCAAAAUGGAGUGGCAUCUGGCAAGGUGGAGUUAAUCAUGAGACUAAAGCUCUUUCUGAUAAGAAGAAUGUAGCAUGGAAGUGUUAUAAAGAAGAUGAAAAGAUGAAAAAGAAUUCUGGAGAAAAUUCUGGGGAAGGGACGAUGGUUCAGAAGAUUUGGGGAUUCGGAAAUCGAGGAGUGGAAGAUAUCAGUGAGAUGAUGGCAGAAAGUCUUAAAGUGAAUUAA